CUCCCGAGCAAACGCCCUUUGCCUCCCCACGACUAUAGUAAUGUGAUCUUUAUUUUGGACUACCUUAACCCGGGCUCGGGAGAUUCUCGAUUGCACAUUGUAACUGCACUCGACUGGGAUCAACUCAUCAUCGUUACCGUGAAAUAUAGUCACAUCACACUUGAGUUGACUGUUGACCUCGUCCAAAUAGCCCUCGAUUUUUCCGGCAGUGCCGCAAAUUAUGUUGUGAAGCGUGUGCCAAGCGGCAUUGCGGUGGUUCUUGCAUAUGACGAGGCAGAUGGUCCUGCUAAUGUGCUCGUACCAGCAAGCUAUCGACGCGCCGAAUGCUAUGGGUGGCCACACGCGCCGUGGGGCUACUCUCCUCAUCAUGUGCUGUGUCGCUUGUUCCCCUUUUGGUGCGGGAAAAUAUGGCUGCCAAAAUUUGGCCUUGACGAAGAGCGUCUCCUUGAGAGACGAGCGUGUGGUCCACGCGGUACACGUGGCGCAAUCGCAAUCGGACCACCUAGGAACCGGAACCUUCUGUUGCCGGCCGAUUCUCUCCCGGAGCAUCUCGACGACGGUGGAAUUGACCGAGAGUCCGGCCGCCGGCGAAGGGCGGGCCCCACGGCCGGCCAUCCCGGAGGACGACCGGGAAAGUUCCGAGACGAGAGAGGGACGGGCGUAGAGUGUGUCGGAGAUUUGCUCGAGCUCGAGUUUUGUGCUCGUGAGACGAACGAUUCUCGACUCGCCGCGCUCGGAGACGAGGAUUUUGGCGCCGCCUCCCGAGAUAGCCUCCCGAGGCGACGAGCAGUAGCAGGGCUUCCACUCGGCCUCGGCUAA